CUGGUAACAUCUUGCAAUCUUCCCUAUGCAGGGAACCCCCUGCCCUUGUUUCCCAGGAAGCCUCCACUCUCCUAUGGGUUUUUUUUCCUUUCUCAUUUGCAGGAAUCUGGUGAAAAAGUAUCUUCCGAAACAGAACACAAGAGAAGAUCCAGAAUCCAAGUUCUGCCAGUACCAGGCCUUCCUGCAGGUGGUGAAGGAGCUCAAUGACUUUGCCGGGCAGAGGGAGGUGGUGGCGGAGAACCUGAUGACGCAGAUCUGUGUGAAGCUCUCUAAGCAUGCCCAGGAGCUCAAGCAGGAGAGGAAAUUGCACUUCCAUAAGGGCCGGCGAGCCCAGCAGCAUCUAGAAAACUCCUUCAAGCAACUGGAAAACAGCAAGCGCAAGUUCAAGCAGGACUGCAGGGAGGCGGAGAAAGCCAUGCUGGUGGCCGAGAAGCUCGACCAAGACCUCAAUGCCACCAAGGCAGACGUGGAGAAGGCGAAGCAGCAGGCCAAUCUGCUCAGUCACUUGGCGGAGGAGAGCAAGAACGAAUACGCCUCCUUCCUGCAGAAAUUCAACCAGGACCAGAGCCAGUUCUACUUUCUGGAGAUGCCGCAGAUCUUCAACAAUCUGCAGGAGAUGGACGAAAGGCGGACGGUGCGGCUGAAGGAAGGCUACGGCAUCUUCUCCGAGACUGAGCGGCAGGUCAUGCCUAUCAUUGGCAAGUGCCUAGACGGCAUGAAGGCAGCAGCUGACUCAGUGAACAAGAAGAACGACUCCCAGGUGCUGAUCGAGUUACACAAGUCUGGCUUCGAGAGGCCGGGAGACGUGGACUUCGAAGACUUCAGCCAGCCUAUCAACCGCACCUCUUCGUACAGGAGCCUGGGGACGCCCCGGGGCACCCUGGAUGGCCGGCUGGACCCCCGCCUGCUGGGCAAGAACAAAGGCAAGCGCUGGCUCUUCAGCAAGAAGAAUAAGCUCCCGCCCCCUCCCCUCUCCCCAGUGAUCUCUGCCCCGCUUCCUUCCUCCUCGUCUGCCACCAACGGACCUCCAUCCCCCAAAUUCACCCGGGACCCUCUCUCUUACUGUCUGAAUGAGAUCAAUAAGACAGUCAAACCCCACAUCGCCUCCUUCCGCCACCUCAAACGGAGGCCUGUGAUCACGGAAGAUUUCAGCCACUUGCCGCCAGAGCAGAGAAGGAAAAAGCUGCAGCAGAAGAUCGAGGAGAGGAACCGGGAGCUGCAGAAGGAAAUCAACCAGAGAGAUGCCUUAAACAAGAUGAAGGACGUGUACCAGAAGACGCCCCAUAUGGGCGUCCCUGCUAGCCUGGAGCCAAAGAUCUCUGAGACCCUCAGCAACAUCGAGAAGUUGCACCUAGAAAUCCAGAAGUACAAGUCGUGGCUGGCCGAAGCCAAGAGCCGAAUGCUGAGUAACCGGCCGGACAACACCCUGAGAUACAGCCGCCACCUGGACCCCACCACCACCCUGAACAACAACGGCUCCCACGAGAAGGGCAGCCCUGAUGCCACCCACUCCAACGACAGCCAGGAUGCCCUGAACCAGCCGAUCUACACGGAGUUUGAUGAGGACUUCGAGGACCUGGCCUCGCCCAUCGGCACCUGUGUGGCCAUGUACCAGUUUGAAGGUUCCAGCGAGGGCACCAUCUCCAUGACGGAGGGGGAGGAGCUGAGCCUGAUGGAGGAGGACAAAGGCGAUGGCUGGACCUGGGUGCGGAGGAGCAAAGGCGGCGAGGGCUACGUGCCAACAUCCUACCUGCGGGUCACCCUGAACUGAGCAGAUCCUGUCUCCCCUCUGGUUCUGAGAAGUGGGUCUGGGGGUCGCUGUGCCGGAGCCCAUAGAAUGUAUUUCCACUGCAGCCUGGUGCCUUUUACACUUUAUGUAAACAGUUGAUCCCCCCCACCCCCCUUCCUGUGCAGUUUUUAAGUUUAUAAAAACGAUACAGACUCUGGCGCUGAGGCCUCGGUUUGUUUCGGACGUGGGAGGGGAGCAGAGCGGUUGGUCUGUGUUCCGGUAACACUUCUCCCACCCUGCUCUUAGGGAGAGGGGUGCGGUUGGUUGUGUAUAUUACCAUCAUGUCUAGAAGUGCCCCCAGCUGAGAGCAGGACUCCACUGUGGUGGCCUGGGCCAGACCUCCAGGCCUUGUCUUCACUAAGACGAGGUCUACACCAGAGCCCUAUGUCAAUAGGGGGGUUGAAAACUCCACCCCCUGAGCAAUGCAGUUGUACCGACUUAUCCCCCUGUGUACACAGCACGAUGCUGAUGGGAGAAACUCUCCCAUCAAUGUGGCCACCGCCUCUGGGGACGGAGGGUUAACUACGCUGCCGAGAGCAGCUCCCCUGCCGGCAAAGUAGCAUUUUCGCUCUAGUAUGACGGUGGGGCGGCUGUACUGUGAAGACAAACCCUGAGGGAUUCGAAUACACGUGAAGACGCUCUAGGGUGGCCGAGGAAGGGUGUAGUUUUUACACGCGCGAGCAAGUCGAGCUACAAACUGUGAAGGGGCUUAAGGUCUCCUUGAGGCUACGCCCAGUCUUCACCGGAACGUUGCCUUGUGUC